AUGAUGUCAGUUGUCUUAAGAAACAUACCUCCUCAUUGUCAGGAUGACGAGCUUCGCCGUGCGCUGCUUAUCUACGGCACCGCUGUGAACACCGCGAUCUCUCCUCAGUUGCGUCAGGCGACAGUGACGAUGCGAACGCCACAGGAAGCCCGAUCGCUCCUUCAACACAGAUGUAUCAACCUGUUUGGGCAAGCAGUGACUGUUGAACCGCUCUCCUACGGUGGAAGCGCUGGGACACCAGCGAUGAUGACUCCGCACCCUGGUGCCGCACGAAUUAAUGUUGUUGUGGAGAGGUGCACAUACCCGGUGACAAAGGAUAUAUUAACACAGGUGUUCAGUAUGGUCGCUCCGCCUGCCAAUGUGACCUGUGGUCCUUCUGGUCCAACAACGACCGGGUGGGUAGACUAUACCGAUUCUUCUACAGCCCAGCGUGUGGUUCAGCAGCUGAACAAAAAUUCCAUCUACCCCGACUGCUGCUUUAUGACUUUGACCCUCGAGCACACCGGUGGCGCCCUCUCCGCAAUGGGCGGCGGAUAUGCCCCCCCUUCGAUGUCGUACCCGCAUCAGCAACCACCCCCAGCGCUGCAACCACCUCCACCACCACAACCAAUGCAGCAAAUGCAGUCGAUGCCAUUCGGUCAUGCAAACUACGGGGCGAUGCCUGGCGUCAUGCCGCAGCGGGGCGGCAUGGGGGGUCGCGGCCGUGGGCGUGGUGCUAUGCUGGGGGGACGUUAUGGCCAGUCAUACGCCGCAGAUCCCGCCGCAAUGGCGCAUCUGCCGUACGCUGGCACUCCGUACGCUGCGCCUCAAACUGACGCGGUAGUUAUUGUGAGCAACGUGCCUGAGACUGUCGCAUUGUACGACCUGUGGGUGCUACUUGAGGUUUACGGUAACGUGAAAUCGCUUAAGCGGCAGUUCAGCUCAAAAACAACUGUCGUUGCUCAUUUCCAGAACGUUCAUGACGCUCGCCUUGCUGUACAGCACCUUCAAAACUGCCCGUAUCACGGCUCCAUGCUUUCUCUAAAGCACUUCGCCGGAUAUGUGGAGCGCGGUGGCAGGACGGAGUGGAACAGUGGUCCCGCAACGGACCCUGCCACACAUGCUGUGCUCUUCUCAAGUGGAUACCACCACCGAACGAAGCCUACGGCAACUUUUAACCCAACAGGACGUGUCCGCCCUGGGAAAAAUCUGUUUAUCUCUAACCUUACUGAAGCAAUCACCGAUGAUGAUAUUAAGGAGGUGUUUACCAAGGCUGGAUAUGAGCUGGAUGGCUUCUUCCGCAAAAAUGCAUCUGUCGCCAUUGCUAGUUUGAGCGAUAUAGAGUUGGCAGUACACGCCCUCAUUGCGGUGCAUUCUCAGCAGCUUAAGGAGCGCUUUCUACGGGUUACAUUUUCUCAUUUUUCUCCUGGGCCUCGCAGCAAUGGUGAAGAAGAAAACGUGAAUGCAGUCCAAGAGACGAAGGAGAUCGACACGGAGAAUGUGAAUGAGGAAAAAGAGUGA